CUUGUGUCCUUUCAGUUUGAGAAAGCAGAAUACAUACACGGCAUUGACAUUGGAAAUGAGGGCUCUGCGUUUGUGGAGAUCUUGGUUGGCAACUCGACGUCAGCCUGUGAGCAGGAUUUUGAGGUCCUCCUCGUCUCCUCGUUCUUCAUGUCUCCGACAGAGAGCCGGAAUGGUGCACCCCUCAACAGGGUCCGAAUGUUUGGCUCGGAGAAGCUGGCCAAAGCCACCUUGGGGAAGAAAUGGGACCGUGUCAAAGUGGUCUGCACGCAGCCCUACAACAAGAAUUUAGCGUACGGCCUCUCGUUUAUCAGAUUUUACUCCACUCCACAAGACAUGGAGAAGUCAGCAGAAUCCUCCUCACCGCAGAAGAUCACCAAACUGGGUCAGUUUGUGGUGAAGGAGGAGGAUGGCAGCAAUGAUAACCUCAAGCCAGGCAGCCUGUUCUUCAGCCGGGCCAGCAGACCCCAGCUGAGCACGCCUGCAGCCACGUCUACUCUGCCAGCGAGCGACAAGCCCACGGCGAGCUACGCGGCGGUUGCAUUGGAGGCGAGCGGUGUCACAUCUCCGAGCUCCUUGUCCACAGCAAAGGAGAAACCUGCGAGGCCCGGACCCAGCGCCCCCUCUGCAAAGCAAUCGACUCCAGGGAAAAGGAAGUUUGAUUUUCCGAAGGAGAGGAUGGGGAGCGUUCCUGUCAAAAAGGAGAGCCCUGGGGAAGGGCCUGAAGCUGCGAGCAAGAAAGUGAGCCCACCACUGUCUGCAACGAAAAAGUUCAAAGAAGUGUGAGAGACACAAACAUGC